AUGCUCGAGAACGGCUGGUUUCGAGAAGAAAACGAGUCGUGGAAUGGGCAGAGCCUGUCUCUGCAGGUCGACAAGGUGCUCUAUGUGGGCAAGACGAUGUUCCAGGAUGUUUUGGUAUUCAGGAGCACAAACUACGGCAACGUUCUCGUGCUGGACGGGGUAAUUCAGGCUACCGAGCGUGACGAGUUCGCCUAUCAGGAGAUGAUUUGCCAUUUGCCGUUGAUGUCGCACCCCAAUCCGAAAAGAGUGCUUGUUGUUGGUGGUGGUGACGGGGGCUGUUUGCGGGAAGUGGUCAAGCAUGCUGGCGUUGAGACGAUAGAGAUGGUGGAAAUCGACCAGACGGUCGUCGACCUCGCCAAAAGGUUUCUGCCAAACAUGGCCUGUGCAUUCGACAACCCGCGCGUGACGCUACACAUUGCCGACGGCUUUGAGUUUUUGGCAAACAACCAGUCCAAGUACGACGUUAUUAUAUCCGACACCUCAGACCCCGAGGGGCCCGCUGAGAAGCUGUUUGAAGAGAGCUACUUUCAGCUGCUUUCCGACGCUCUUGCUCCGGGCGGGAUUGUGGCAAUGCAGGCCUCGGAAAAUGUGUGGCUCAAGCUUGAUAUUCUCAAAAGCCUGCAGGAGCGAUGCAAAAACGUGUUCCCGACCGUGAACUACGCUACGGUCUGUGUGCCGACCUACACGUCUGGCCAGCUGGGGAUGAUGAUCUGUGCAAAAGACCCACAGACUAAUUUACAAGCCCCGGCCGCCAAAAAGCAUAUCCCAGAAGAUGUUCGCUACUACAACGAGGGCAUUCAUAGGGCGAGCUUUGUGCUCCCCACAUUUGCUAAAAAGUACAUAAAUAAUUAG